GUGGCUGCGAUCGGCACUUAAUGAAAAGUCGCUCGAACGCUACAUGCUGUGUCUGAUCGAUGCUGCACCAGAGCAUAUCUCCGUGUACUACGAGGACUGGGCGUUCCUGCGAGACCAGGAGCUCAGCAAUGUGUUGCCGCAGGCUGCGGCCGGUCUGGCAUCUAUACUCUUCGCGAUCAAUAUCUGCCGGGCAGAGCUCAACCAAGAUGGUGGCAGUGGAAUUCCACCAGAGCCUGUGAUACCAGCUCCUAUCUCAAUACCAGGAGACAAAAGUAAAAGUCGGAGAAGGAGGGUGGCUGGGAACAUCAUCUCUUUUGAUGAAGAUGACAUCGCGGGACGGUUGGAAGAGUUCAGUGGCAAUGUUGGCAGGUCUUCCUCUUCAACUCAAAACACCUCCCCAACAGAGGUAAAGUUGCAUACCCACGAGGUGGCUGAGUUGUUUACUUAUUGUACUGAUAAAUGAA